AGCUAAUUCCAAUUUCCAACUUUAGCUAGGGCUUCGUGAAGCUUUCGUACGAUGGCUUCGAAGACCUAUGCAACAGUUGCUCUAGUUCUCUCCCUCACCAUCGUCUUCGGCUCCUUGGUCGCUGCGGGGCCACCGAAGCCAACCUCAAAAAUUUGGGUUUCUUGCCCUAUAAACGCCCUCAAAUUAGGCAUCUGCCUCGACUUACUUGAUAGCCUUCUCAAUAUCACCAUCGGCAUGCCUCCAAAAGAGCCGUGCUGCUCUCUCAUUGCCGGCCUUGUCGACCUAGAAGCCGCUGUUUGCCUUUGCACGGCCAUCAAAGCCGAUGUCUUGGGCAUUAACCUCAACAUUCCGCUCUCUCUGAGCUUGCUCCUCAACGUUUGUAGCAAGAAGGUCCCUCCGGGUUUCCAAUGUGCUUAAGCGUGAGAGGUCUUGAAUAAUCAGAGUUUGGAGUUCAUUUGAUUAUGUUAUGACUGUGUUGGGUGUGAUGAUGUUGUGAAAGAUCUAAUGUAAGAAUAGGGUUUAUUGUGACGAUAAGAUCAAACUAUUAGCCGAGUGUUCUUUUUCCUCAAUAGUAAUAAAUUUCCCCCACUCAGAAGUCUGAACGAAGCUGCAGCAAGAAGCAUAAUAGUAGGUUGAUUAGUAAAUCCAAGAGUGGACGGGAUUAGAAAUUUGCUAAUUAUCUGCCAUUGUAUUCAAGCAAAGUUACAUAUAAGAUGCAAUCCACGUUGACAUCGUAUUAUAGCACAAGGCGACUCAAAUAUUGUUGGGAAAUACUGAUUUUUUUUUUUUUACUCCAAAGUGGGCAAUGUAUAUGUUGCUUAUCCUACCUAAUUUAGUUUCCAUAGUCCUCUAAGAUGCUUAAGUUUCCCGAUAAUUCUAUUGGAUGACCACAAAUUACAGAAGAUAAUGAUGACAUUGUACAUGGGAAGAUGAGUUUCCUUCCGUUUUAUUACUUGUAAGAAAGACAUCAAACAUUAUUUGUUACAUACUUAUUCUGUUUCUUGAUCUCUCCACCCUGUGACAUGCACGUUAUUUAGUACAUUUCUUGGAACAA